AUGGCGGCGGCGUCGCGACGGCUUCGGGACCUUCAAUCACAGGCGGCGAACAAGAUAUGCGUUGACUACAGCCAGAAGAACCUGCAGUGGGCCUCUGCAUCGUACGACGUCUUCAUGUGUUUGGAGUGCUCCGGCAAGCACUGUGGCUUGGGCGUUCACAUCUCCUUCGUCCGAUCUGUCACCAUGGACUCCUGGUCCGAAGUCCAGAUCAAUAAAAUGGAAGCUAGCGGCAACGAUAAGCUCAACGCCUUCCUCGCUCAGUGCUCCAUCCCCAAGUGGACAGACAUCGUUACUAAAUACAACACCAACGCCUCCACUUUCACGCGAAGCUUGCAACAAAUGGUCCAAGGAAACCGAAUAACAACACGCCGGAACCGAAUACAGCCUCAAAUGUGA